AUGUUGGCUACCACGUACACAUAAAACAAUGACAUGACCUGGCACUAUUUCAAGGUCACCAACCUACUCAAGAAAGCAGGGGAGUGUGGCAAGUGAGGGAUUUUCUAGAUUGUCUUCCCAGCAUCCAAGGACACGCCCUAAGUGUGCCUGUUCACUUUGGUCCUAGAAAAGCCAGGGUAGCCCUCAUGAAUGUGCCCUCUACUCCCUUCCCAGGCCCAGCUCCCUACCCAUCUUCAAGAAAUUAAACGGAGAGGGGGAGACAAAGAGAGUAGCCUGUCUUGCCUUUCCAAAACAGGCAAGCUUCUGGAACUAGCCACGGGUGGUGCUGUUUGCCUUGUGGACUUAAGGGCAGAGGGGGGCAGAGAACUAAAGGAACAGCACAAAGAAAGGAAGGAGAAUAGCUCAAAGCAGAACGUGAUGCCUUCUCAACACCUGCUUUUAGACCUUUCCAGAUGCCCUGCAGAAUCCCACUCUUGGGCUCAUUACAAAGCCCCACGCCAUGAUAAGGAUUGCCACAUUUUUUCAGCACUCUCUGACUAGUUCCUGUGACUUGUCAAGGUGUUCCAGGGUGCCAAAGAGCGGCGUACAGCAGGACUUAGCAGUAGUGAGCAAUGGUCAGUCCACUGCCUCGGAAAAGAUGAGCUAACCCUGGGUAUUUUUUUUAUCAAUAUCAUAAUUGAACAAUAACAGUCAUUGUGGUAAGUGUCAGUAGGAAGUUCCAAGAAUCACAUAAAGUCCUUUAGUAUGAUAUCCUGGGGUUACAAACUCCUUAAUGUCACUUAAUGCUGCCACAUGAAACUGUUCAGGAGCAAGCUGAUUGUCCACUCUUAAUAAAAUGAGGUUGUUUUAACUACCUUUGAUGUGUGGCUAAUGGAGUUUGAAGGGUAAUACAUCACAAAUAAUUAAGAGAUUUCCUUUGUGAGAUAUUAACUGGUUCGAUGGAUAGAAAAUCUAUUUCACUAUCAUCCUUCAUAUAGCAUAAAAUCAGUUAAUUUAUACAUCUGUCUGCUAGAGGCAAUCUUACACAAUGUAUUUUUUAUUAACAUACUUGCAUAUGCUCCUGUAUUCAUUUAUUAUCACACAUGCUAAUAAAUUAUAUAGGCACACAUACUUUGUGGACACCCUGGUUGGCAUAUACACAUCUAAGUUCUUCAUCUCUUGUUCUUCCUGACUUUAUUACCUUAGGUAGCGUUCUUAACCUCUACCUUGCCUUUAGCAAUCUCUUUCCUCUGUCUUUUUCAGCAGGAAAAAAAAAUCACAUCAUAUUGACAAAAGAAUGCCAUCAAAUGGUCUCUAAGAAUACAUUGUGAGCUGUAAAGGACUAUACAGACCUACCAAGAUAGUCUUUCAAAUUAAGAAGUAUGUAACCUGAGGGAUGAGUAAAUGUGAAGCAGCUGUCCGCUCCCUUAACCCUUCUCCACGGCAGUUCAAAUGGCCACAUGAAGGGAACAUGUUCAGCCUCCUGUCUGCAAACUGAAGGCAACUCCUCAUCACAGGGAUGUCUUUUCAAGUCUUUCCACCAUCCAUGUGCAGAACAUCUGUGCUAAGACCAUUCCACAUACAAUUCUUUGAAGCAUCGGCUGCCUGGAAGAAAUACUUUGAUUUGUGCUUCAUUAAAAUGCCUGAACUUCUAUUAGGGACACAAAAGAUUUUCUAGUAAGAGCUCUCUUGGGAAGAAGACCAACCUCUAGCUAGUUAAAACAUUCAGAAACCAAGUGGCUGGAAUGUCUUUAGAGCACCAGGCAAUGGAAAUCUUGCUGAGAGCUUGCAGCAUGCACAAACAGCUGGCUUGGGAUGUGACUGACCUGGGGUGAAACCAUUGUGGUAAUUAGAUUUAAUUUUCUUAAUCCAACAGUGCCUGGCUGCAACGUGUCUAUGUCUUCUAUGCAGAAAAGUCGUGAUUCUCCUUUAACAAUGCUUUGACGUAGUUAAGAUUUCUGCAGCUUAGUCCCUUCACAGUAGAAGUCGUUUCUUGGCAAGUAUAAGGAUAGCCAUCCAGACAGUUAUGUGAACCAAGGAGUUUAACAUAGACGUUAUCUGACUUCAGUAACUUCCCAGAAAGAUCUCAAAACAUUAAACACGUCUUAAAUACCAAUAUACACCUUAAUCUGCAAGUGUAGUGUAUCCUGGUAUCAGCUCAUUUAGGAAGAUGGAUCAACCAUGGAGACAUUGGUGAGCCUGAGAGGUUUGGAUUUGAACCGCUUCUACACUCUCGGGGGGCAUAUGGCUUCAUGCUACAGCACUCUAUAGAGUUACCCACUCCAAAACAGAACCAGAGCUCCUGAAGCUAAAAAUAAAUAAAUAAAUAAAUAAAAACCCGUGUUCUUGAAAUGAAAGAAGCAAAGACAUUCAUGAAUCUGUCUGCUCGCGUCUGUUUAUGCUAUAAAGAACAGCCGUCGGUAUUGUUACCUCAGGAGACCGGGGUUAUUUUAUUCGCGUGCAUGUUGUGCGUGCUGUCGCCCCCAAACUGGCCCACAGCGCCACGCGGUACCAUGUCCCCGGGAAUCUUAAUUGCCUGGUCUAUUAGAAAAGAACAUCCGACCGUUGCCGGUAAUUGAACGCGGUGCAUUUUGAUAGCAUAAAAGAAAGAUCAGAUAGAGUCACACAAGUUCUCAGUAUGUCUUAAGCCGUCCCCUAAAAAAAAAUUAUAUAUAUAUAUAUAAGAAAAAAAGAGGAAGGGGAAGCCUGGGGCUGCAGGAGUGUUCCAGAGAGCGAACUGCUCCGGACUUCAAACACUGGGAGUCAUUCUGUCAAGGGGAGGGGGCGGGCGGGGGCAGGCACUGGGCCUCUGUAACAAAGUCCUCCUCUCUUUGCUCCCUCCCACUUCAUUCACUUGCAAAUCAGUGUGUGCCCACAAGAGCCAGCUCUCCCGAGCCAUAACCUUCCCAUCCCGAGAGCUGCAGUUCCAGCCACAGCAGCAAGAAGCACAAGAGCCGGCGACCGUGGCGGAGGCAGGAGCAUCCUGGGCUAGUUGCAGCGUGUCCCCAGGAUCCGGAAGGCGAACAGAGAUACCUUCUGAGAGCCAAGCAAAGUACAUUAAGAACGAAAGGAGGAAUGAGCUUGGAUCCAGUGCAGUGAAAAGAGACACGCUCAGGAAGGGGGAACUCACCACCCAGAGACUCAAGAGCCUGCCUUGCCAUCAGCAUGAGAACUUACCUGUGCUUCUUGCUGCUCUUUUGGGUCGGCCAGCCCUACUCAACUCUCUCAAGCCCAUUAUCUAAAAGGACUAGUGGCUUCCCAGCGAAGAGGAGGGCCCUGGAGCUCCCUGCAAACAGCAGGCAUGAGCUGAGCCGUUCGAAAAGGAGUUGGAUGUGGAAUCAGUUCUUCCUCCUGGAGGAAUACACAGGAUCCGAUUAUCAGUAUGUGGGCAAGUUACAUUCAGACCAGGAUAGAGGAGAUGGAUCACUUAAAUAUAUCCUUUCAGGAGAUGGAGCAGGAGAUCUCUUCAUUAUCAAUGAAAACACAGGCGACAUACAGGCCACCAAGAGGCUUGACAGGGAAGAAAAACCUGUUUACAUCCUUCGAGCUCAAGCUAUCAACAGAAGGACCGGGAGACCUGUAGAGCCUGAGUCUGAAUUCAUCAUCAAGAUCCAUGACAUCAAUGACAAUGAGCCAAUAUUCACCAAGGACGUUUAUACAGCCACGGUCCCCGAGAUGGCUGAUGUUGGCACGUUUGUGGUCCAAGUCACUGCCACUGAUGCUGACGACCCAACCUAUGGGAACAGUGCUAAAGUUGUCUAUAGCAUCCUCCAGGGACAGCCCUACUUUUCAGUGGAGUCGGAAACAGGUAUCAUCAAGACAGCAUUGCUCAACAUGGAUCGAGAAAACAGAGAACAGUACCAAGUUGUGAUUCAAGCCAAGGACAUGGGCGGCCAGAUGGGAGGACUGUCGGGGACCACCACCGUGAACAUCACGCUGACAGAUGUCAAUGACAAUCCACCCCGUUUCCCCCAGAGUACAUACCAGUUUAAGACCCCCGAGUCCUCCCCACCGGGUACACCGAUUGGCAGGAUCAAAGCCAGUGAUGCUGACAUGGGAGAAAAUGCAGAGAUCGAGUACAGCAUCACAGACGGUGAGGGGCAAGACAUGUUUGACGUCAUCACCGACCAGGAAACCCAGGAAGGGAUUAUAACUGUCAAAAAGCUCUUGGAUUUCGAAAAGAAGAAAGUAUAUACCCUCAAGGUGGAAGCCUCCAAUCCCCAUGUCGAGCCCCGAUUUCUCUACCUGGGUCCCUUCAAAGACUCAGCCACAGUGAGAAUUGUGGUAGACGAUGUGGAUGAGCCUCCAGUCUUCAGCAAACUGGCCUACAUCCUGCAAAUACGAGAGGAUGCGCAGAUAAACACAACCAUAGGCUCUGUCUCAGCUCAGGAUCCUGACGCCACCCGGAAUCCCGUCAAGUAUUCUGUGGAUAGACACACAGAUAUGGACAGGAUAUUCAACAUUGAUUCUGGAAAUGGUUCAAUUUUUACAUCGAAACUUCUCGACCGGGAAACACUGCUGUGGCACAACAUCACAGUGAUAGCAACAGAGAUCAAUAAUCCAAAGCAAAGCAGCCGAGUGCCUCUAUACAUUAAAGUUCUUGACGUCAAUGACAAUGCCCCAGAAUUUGCUGAGUUCUAUGAAACCUUUGUCUGUGAGAAAGCAAAGGCAGACCAGCUGAUUCAGACCCUACGUGCUGUUGACAAGGAUGACCCUUAUAGUGGACACCAGUUCUCAUUCUCUUUGGCCCCGGAAGCAGCCAGUGGCUCAAACUUUACUGUACAAGACAACAAAGACAACACCGCAGGAAUCCUAACUCGGAAAAAUGGCUAUAACAGACACGAGAUGAGCACCUAUCUCCUGCCUGUGGUCAUUUCAGACAACGACUACCCAGUCCAAAGCAGCACUGGGACAGUGACUGUCCGAGUCUGUGCAUGUGACCACCAUGGGAACAUGCAGUCCUGCCACGCCGAGGCCCUCAUCCACCCCACGGGGCUGAGCACAGGGGCUCUGGUGGCCAUCCUUCUGUGCAUCGUGAUCCUACUAGUGACAGUGGUGCUGUUCGCAGCUCUGAGGCGACAGCGAAAGAAAGAGCCUUUGAUCAUUUCCAAAGAGGACAUCAGAGAUAACAUUGUCAGCUACAACGACGAAGGUGGCGGAGAGGAGGACACCCAGGCCUUUGAUAUCGGAACCCUGAGAAACCCCGAAGCCAUGGAGGACAGCAAAUCGCGCAGGGACAUUGUGCCUGAAGCUCUUUUUCUCCCGCGACGGACUCCAACAGCUCGCGACAACACGGAUGUCAGAGAUUUCAUUAACCAAAGGUUAAAGGAAAAUGACACAGAUCCCACAGCCCCGCCCUACGACUCCUUGGCCACCUAUGCCUACGAAGGCACUGGCUCUGUGGCUGACUCGCUAAGCUCGCUGGAGUCAGUGACCACAGAUGGAGACCAAGAUUAUGACUAUUUGAGUGACUGGGGCCCUCGGUUCAAAAAGCUAGCGGAUAUGUACGGAGGGAUGGACAGUGACAAAGACUCCUAAUCCGUUGCCUUUUUUUUUUUCCAAUAUGACACUGGAAUAUGUGAAGUGGCUAUUUCUUUCUAUUUAUCCACUAUUCCGUGAAGGGUUCUCUGUUGUACCCGUUCCAAAAGUCAAUGGCUGCAGUCCGUGCGGAUCCAAUGUUAGAGACUUUUUUCUAGUAUACUUUUAUGAGCUUCCAAGAGGCAAAUUUUUAUUUUUUAGUUCAUACAGUUAACCAAGUUAGCCCAGCAGGCACGCGGGGGAGGAGAGGAGGGAACAGCGUUUUUUCCCUUGUUCUCUUAGGGCAGGUUGGCCACACGCUCCUUACUGCUGGCCUGGACACUACUUUUGUUCAUGGCCUCAAGUCAGCUGAAUGCUCCAACUGUACGUUUCCCAUGCUACUGGGAGAAGGGAUCAUACUUUACUGAUUAAAAAAAAUAUAUAUAUAGCUUUAGCAUAAAAGAAAAACACAAAAGGAGGCAACAAUUGGGGAAUUGUUCUUGGUCUAUCAACUCUCAAGGAGAUAAUUAGCUACGGAAAGGUUUGUAAGAGUGUAUGUGUGUCAAAGAAUUUAAGGUGGCAACUGGGGCAUCCUGUCUGUGCUGGAAGAGGCAUUUCUGGCACCAACAACUACUCAUAACAUCAAAUCCCUCUGUGUUUUAUAAUUAUUUAGAAGCAAAUCAAAUGGUAACAUUCAGACAGUAACAAAAAGCAAGGCUGUAUUCCUUGACACUCGUGAUCUGCUGCGUAUGAGAAACAUGAAAGGUCACCAUCGCACCAAAGGGAAAAAAAGAAAUAGCUUAAAAACGUUAACAAGGGAAAGAUUUGGUAAAUUUCAAAGUUUUUGUGCCCCCCACUGUAUCACCGAUCCCUUAAUUCUUCCAACUAUCAGUAAACUAAUGAGAAAAACAUCUAAUCAUGUAAAAGUUCUUGAGAGAAUUUUCUGAGGCAAAUGUUAACUCUGUCUGUAGUCGUUGUCUCUAUUAUCCUACUCUACCUGACAACAGUAGCGGUGUAAAGUACAAUAAUCCAUAUUCUUCAAAUACUUCUUAUAUAAUUAACUUGAUGUAGGAAGGUUAGAUUAAAUAUCCUACCCUAGAGUUAAAGGGGAGGGUUAGACCAGCCGCAUUUGAACCUAAUCCCUGCCCUUUGCCUUCAGAGACAUCCCAUACAUUAAUGGCUGAGAAACUGGUGAAAACCUGCAUUCCAUGUUUCUGAAAUGCUCACAAAAGAAGAGCUGGGAUUGCCUUCAGCAAAAAUGCUUAAGACUCUUGUUAAAGUGACAGUCAAGUUCCAAAAGUAGUCUUCUUUCCCCACUGUUUCUAAGGUGGCUGCUGUGGCAAAGCUGCCAUCUUUGUCUCUGAACUGAUGAUAAAGUAAUGGUCUCAACUAAAACAGAAAAGAAAUAUGAAAUCCAUCCAAUCUAUUCUUGCUCUAAUUAUGCAAUUAGGCUCUCUUAGUCAGUUAUUAUCUAGGGGACCCAACUGAACCAAGCUAAUCCUUCUGGCAGGUUCAAAUCAUUUAUUUCAUAUGGACGUUCUAAUGACUCUCCUCAUUAGGAUCUCACACCGUGCAGUCAUCAGAAAUUUCCAAAGUACUGUAAUGAAAACAUCCUCAUUUGAAAACUUUUUGAAAAGGCUCUGUAUAUACAUAGAUAAUAUAUACUUAAGAAUGUGCUGACUUCUCUUAUUAGUCAUAGGGAUUUAUUUUCAGUUAAUGUUAAUUUUAUAGAGAUAAUCUUAGCAUCAUUUCCAUUUAAGGGUAAUGUUUUAUCAACAUAUUUUCUAUUUAGAAACAUGCUGUUGUUUAGUUGGAUUUUAAAUAGUUUUUGCCCAGGAAGUAAAGGUGGCACCUGUAAAAUGAGAAAUGUGGAAUUUGGAUUACAGUUUAAAAAAAUUACAAUCAUAUUGCCCUUUGUAUUUUCUGAACGUUCUCCUGUUUGCGAUGAAAUGCCCUGAAGAGUAACGAGUAUUUCAUGCUUGGGCUAUUUCUACCUUUUAGGGUUUUAUUUUUCUAGUUCUUCAUAUGCACACUGACACACACACACACAUACAUACAUACAUACACACUCACACACAUACACACACACAGGAAUGCAAAUACUAUAAGAUGGCUUCACUGAAAUGGGUCAGUAUAUAUUAUAUUCACAGGUAAGUACUGAAAAAGAUAGCCAAGGAAAAUUAGUAAUACAGCACAAGAACAGCACCUUGCACAAUCUAUUGUAAAAUUAGAAUUACUCUAUCUUGUAUCUUACAUCAUGUGACAAACUGAACCAAGAAACAUAGUUCUUAAAAAGAAAGGUAUCAUCAAAAGUUGCCCUUUUGAGCUUUUGGUGUGAAAUUUGGUGUUAAAUUUCUAAGAGUCGACAACAGCAAUUUCCAACAUUUUGGGAUAAAGUUGACCUCUCCCUCUGAGUGCAAGUAUAUAUUAAAAGUAAGUUAAGCUAUUUGAGAUGUAAUUGGCCAAAGCAUUUUUAUCCCACCCUGCAAACCACACAUUGUCCCAAGAAUAGGAGAGUAUGACUUAAUAUUGGAAUAACUGUUUAAUGUCUUAUCCCAAAGAUUGUUGGUGAUACAAAUCUACAAGAAACUGGAUUAUUCGAACCUGUAGGUGUUGACUCCAGAUAAACACUUUCCUCUAAGAAUCAUCAUGCAAAGAAUGAGAAGCCUAAUACCAUCUCUCUCUAGUUUUUCUUCCCACUAAAAUACCAGGUCAAGAGCAUCCCCAUGGACAGAUUUCUUUCAGUGAUAAGUCCUAAGAUAACAUGAAAUUUUGUCUGGAGGGGGAAAGUAGUUUUCAGCUCAAUUUUUGUAUUGUUUGUGUCUUGGUCUUAGACACAGGCAAUGAGGCUGGCAGGGGGGAGGGAGGGGUCCAACUUUAAAAUUUGCUUUGUUGAACGUAAGCAGAUCGGUUAGCAUAAAACAUCGUUUCGAGAGCACUGACGCCUGUCUAACUUUUUUUAACCUCUCUUCAACAGAAACUUCCUUUAAACCUCUUACAAUGCUUCCUAGAACAAGCUGAGAUUUUAAAGAGUAUUAAGCCAUUGUGCAUGAGGUUAAAACUCCCCCACUUUAUAUCCUCUUUCUUCCGGAAAUCUGAAAACAUUUGUCCUCAAAUAAGUAAAUAAAUCAAAUGGGGAUGAGGCGAGGACAGUCUCCUAAAACCCUAAGAGAGGAAAUCUGAGCACUGUAAAUACAACUUCCCUGGUUUUACAUUCUGGAGGUUCGGCUAGAGAAUCACUCUAUUUUCAGAUGGAACAAAGCUGGUGAUUUCAUUUUAAUUCAGGAUAAAAAUAUGUGGCUUAGUUCUCGUUUCCACUUCCCAAAGUGUUAUACAAGAGACUGACUCUGGAACUUAGACGCAUCCAAGUUUUGAGAAGUCAAAAUCACUUCCUAAUGUUUCUAUUAUGUAAUCUGUGUGCCCUGUGUGCCUGCACGAUGGUCUACAUAGAAUGCUUUAUCCUGAAGUAGGUGUUUUCUUGGGGAGAACUGAUUUAUGAAAUGCCAACAGAGCACUCUUAGAUUCUGUAGACCUGUGCACAUUAGAAACAUACAACUAGAAAGAGGAGAGCUGAUUCCUGGGUGAAAGCUAAAUAUUUGAAUAAGGUGCUUGUCCUUAUCAAACAAAUCCCUUGUCCUCGGGAAUACAGCCACCAAAUAAAUCCUCUCACCCCCCCCGGUUACUAGGUUUGAAGCAGCAUAAUUACUUUGGAAGAAUACACUAAAAACUAAAAAUCUCUGCCAUUUUGAAGGACAUCCUCUAUUUCAAAAAAAAAAAAACCAACUCAUUUAGUGUUAUUUUACUUUUUACUUUAUCUAGAUGAAAUCAUUUUUGAAUUGUCAUAUUGUAGAAGUGGGCUAAAGGUACAAGGAGUUCACUGUAUUUAAAUUAACAAUACACCAACCUUCUUUAUCAGAUGAGAGCAGAAAGAUUAAUACUUGGUGUGUGAGUCUUCAGGAAGAUGGGCUGCAGCCUAAGCUCUUGACAAGCAUGUGUUUUCUAGAGAAUGGAAUUAUAUGGUGGUCUCGUCAGAGUUCAGAGACGGUCAUGGUUGCAGUGUUUUAAAUCUUCCUUUGACGUCUUCAUGGAACAAUUUUCAAAAGGGAUAAUUCUCUACUAAAAAUGCCAGACCCCGACUAUAUUCAAUGCAAAGAGCAAUACCCUCUUAGAAAGCCAAUACAUUGGCUCACACACUUGUUUAAAGUUAAUAAAGAAAUAGCUCAUUUUCAAAGCCAGUAGUUUAUGGUCUCUGCAUCCUCGAUUUAAUUUAAGCAUUGCCGAGACAAUCUUUAAUCUCCCUGUUUUGUAAUACCUUACUUACGAUGAAUUCUCGUUUUUUUUAAUUUGGGGGGAAUGUUAGCCUAACAGAGCUGGCAGACAAAAGCGUUAAAGGAAAACAAA